GUUGGGAGUCAAUUGUGCAUUUUCUGACUAGACUACCUUGUUGCUGACUAGACUCAAAUUCGGCCUUGGAAUCUUCCUUCGGCUUCUCGCUGAUGGAUAGGGCAAUUUGACAUGUAUGUCAGGUGUGCUUGCCAUAUUCUGGGGAAGUUUGUCUUGAACAUUGCGGUUGCAUGGGAUGUCUUUGAGCGAGAGUGAUGGACUUGAUUGUCGGGGAUGCACUAAGAUGACAGGAUGUAUAAGGAAUGAUCCAUGGAAAUUUUCUGGUGAUAUGGUUCGAGGUUGUGGAUUGUGGACGGGCAGCGUUCAAGGUGUAGUUGCGUUGCGGCGCUCGGGACUACCAGUCGCUGGCGCCUUCGACGGUGUUGUCACGCUUCCAAUCGCUGGCUCCAUCAACGGUGUUGUCACGCUUCCAAUCGCUAGCGCCUUCAACGGUGUUGUCACGCUUCCAGUCGCUGGCUCCGUCGACAGUGUUGUCACGCUUCCAGUCGCUGGCUCCAUCAACGGUGUUGUCACUGCGCUUCCAGUCACUGGCACCUUCAACGGUGUUGUCACCGCGCUUCCAGUCACUCGCUCCAUUGACGGUGUUGUCACCGCGCUUCCAGUCGCUGGCUCCGUCGACAGUGUUGUCACGCUUCCAAUCGCUGGCGCCUUCAACGGUGUUGUCACCGCGCUUCCAGUCACUCGCUCCAUUGACGGUGUUGUCACCGCGCUUCUAGUCGCUGGCGCCGUGGGUUGUAGAGACCGAAGCAACAUCGGGUGUUGGGAGGGUCAGAACACCAGUCACCAGGCAAGCGGCCAAGCUCAGGGUCAUGAAUUGCUUCAUCUUGUUGUGUGUGAUGUAAACAGAAAAGAAGAAGUAUAGCAGGAAAGUGUGAAAAGCGAAGUUGAGAAAGAGAUGGAUGUCCAAUGCUAGAUGAGCUCUGUAGAUUGAUGUUUCUUAUGAGAGGAAACAAGCCUCUUUAUAUAGUAAGAGAGGGCAAGUCUGACCUGAGCAGGCCCCGGGUGAAUGUGGUAGUGUUGACUCGCAACAAUAAUGGGUUCAUCAACAAAACUUUGCCAUGAGUCUCGUAUUCAGGACGGCGUCAUUUCCGAGUAGCCGCCAUUGU